CAGCGUCGGCAACGAGGCGGGGGGUGGCGGCGGCGGCGGCGGACGGGAGGAAGCCCUCCUCUCGCUAUCCCAAGCCCCGCUUCGCUUUGGCGGGUCGGUGGAUCUCUGAGCGAGGGAGGGACGCAGGCGGGGAGGAGGGAGGUGGAUGCCCCCUCUUCAGUGCCUUUGCACCAACAGCAGCAGCAAAACUUCUGAAGAUUUGGAGAAGAUUGUAAAGCAACGGCCAAAAAGGGACAGUAACAGUAUUAUAAUUUCAACUUACUGGACGUGCCAAGUCUCAAUAUGUAUCAUUCCAUUUCUGGAGCUAGCCAUCCUUUGCAAACUGAAGAGCAGGAAAUAGGCAUUGAUCCCCUUCAGAGUUAUGGGAACAAGCCUGAUGAAGAUGUGUCAAAUGAAAAUGGAAGAGUACAGCUUACUUUGGAUUCUGAUGGGAUCUUUUUGUCUUAUAGUAAAGAAUGGGAAGAAUUAUUUGUAAACAACAAUUACUUGGCAACGAUACGGCUGAAGGGGAUUAAUGGGCAGCUGAGAAGCAGCAGGUUCCGUAGUGUUUGCUGGAAGUUAUUUCUAAACGUUCUACCCUCUGAUAGAAAUCACUGGAUCACAAAAACAAUAAAAUUAAGAGCAUUGUACAAUAAUAUAAAAGAAAUCCAUAUUACAAACCCUCGGAAAGCUGGACAGCAAGACUUAAUGAUCAACAACCCACUUUCGCAGGAUGAAGGGAGUCUUUGGAACAAAUUUUUUCAGGACAAAGAACUUCGAGGAAUGAUUGAACAAGAUGUAAAACGAACGUUUCCUGAAAUGCAGUAUUUCCAGGAAGAAAAUGUAAGAAAAAUUCUUACAGAUGUUCUGUUCUGUUACGCUCGGGAAAAUGAACAGUUACUUUAUAAACAGGGAAUGCAUGAACUGUUAGCACCUAUUGUCUUUAUUCUGCACUGUGACCACCAAGCUUUUCUACAUGCGAGUGAAGCAGCACAACCAAGUGAGGAAAUGAACGUACUUUUGAAUCCUGAAUACCUGGAGCACGAUGCAUAUGCAAUGUUCACUCAUCUAAUGAAAACAGCAGAACAUUGGUUUUCAACCUAUGAACAUGACAGUCAAAAGGAAAAAGAUGCUGUGAUGACCCCUAUUCCAUUUGCAAGACCACAAGAUUUAGGUCCAUCAAUAGCUAUUGUUGCAAAAGUUAACCAGAUCCAAGACCAUUUGCUAAAGAAACAUGACACUGAGCUCUACAUGCAUCUGAACAGGCUUGAGAUUGCACCACAGAUUUAUGGACUACGAUGGAUAAGGCUUCUAUUUGGACGAGAAUUUCUCCUUCAGGACCUUCUUGUUGUCUGGGAUGCUUUAUUUGCUGACAGCAUCACCCUUGAUUUAGUUGACUACAUUUUCUUAGCCAUGUUGCUAUAUAUUAGAGAUGCAUUGAUAUCAAGUAAUUAUCAGACUUGCUUGGGCCUUCUGAUGCAUUACCCACCUAUUGGAGAUGUUCAUUCAUUAAUCUUGAAAGCUCUUUUUCUCAGAGACCCAAAGAGAAAUCCCAGACCUGUAGCUCACCAAUUCCAACAGAAUUUGGAUUACUAUAAAGCACGUGGAGCUGACUUAAUGAAUAAAACUCGUGUAAGUGCAAAGGUUGCUCCUCUGAACAUAAAUAAAGUUUCCAGUAGUUUAUUGAAUUUUGGUCGCAAGCUGAUUUCCCCAGCAAUGACUUCCGGCAGUGCUGCUCUCCCAGUUGCAGGUAGCGGUGUCAGCGUCACUUCUGUUGUCAUGCCCACAAGGAGCACAGUAGAGCUCCCUCCAUCUCAGCAGCAGAGAAUGAUGAAAUCUGAGAGUGUGCCAGUUCAGCUAAGCAAAGGAGAUGUAGUUACAGGCAGUGAUGCCCCAGUAUCGGUUCCUGUCCAGAAUCUAAGUGCCCUCCACGGGACAGUUGCUACAGUAAUACAUGGGCAAAGUUCAAAAAGUGGCAGUCCUUCUCCAAGCAUUGAAAGUUUUUCUGGAGGACAUGAAUACACUGGGUCUCCACCUUUGUCUGCCACCAAGAAAGAAUCUUUUUUCAGUACAAUUUCCCAUUCUCGUUCUCAUAGUAGAAAUAUGAGCAAAAAGGAAUCUGAAGAAGAAUUAGAGACUCAGAUUUCAUUUCUUCAAGGACAGUUGAAUGAGUUAGAGGCCAUGUGCAAAUACUGUGCAAAAAUGAUGAAUAUGCAUCUAGGAAAUAUUCAAGAAGUCAUUCUGCAAGAACACUUGGAAAAAGAAGAUGAAAUUCUAGUUUCUUUGGCUGGGUUGAAGCAGAUUAAGGAUAUUCUGAAAGGCUCCCUCCGUUUCAAUCAGAGUCAGUUGGAAGCAGAAGAGAAUGAACAGAUCACAAUAGAAGAUGAUCAUUAUUGUUCCAGCAAUCAGAGCAAGAGGAUGACUGAAAAUGUGGAAAACCCUUCAGCUCCAAAGAAGUCUGUCCCUCUACUGAAGAAGGCCACUGAUCACCCACGUGGAAGUCCUGUCAAAAGGCACAGUGAUGAUUAUAUCCUGGUUUCAAAAGAGGAAGAAAAUGUGGUCUCUGCUUCUGGCCAAGUACAGACUUUGCCAGCCUCCCAGGAUGUGAACAUAAAGAGUGAAGCCCCAUGUCACACUUCUUUAGCCUUCACUGAUCCACUAAUGGGAUCUAUGUCUGCCUCUUCAAGUAACCUUAGUUCUAGCCCUGAUGAUAACAGCAGCAACAACAGCAAGGAUUCUGAUUUUACAAUUGUUAGCCCUCUUGAAAUGUAAGGAAGCCAUUCAAGAGGUUAGCAUCUGCUGUGCCUCAAGACUUGGUCUGAUGGGAUUCCAGGUUUAUAAGGCUAAACGUUUAGUCAGUGCACAGAUACUAUCAAGGCAACCCAUGUUAACCAGAAACUAAAAACAGCAAACAUGUAAUGAUUGCCUUUAAAAUAUGCACAUGUAAUAUCAAGAUGUAAUACAUGAGUGAAAAUAAUUGUAGGUUUACUCUUGUUAGCAGGUUUUUGAAACAUUGAAUUACUAAGUUUAUACUCCCUCAUCAUAUAUAAUAAGAUGCAUUGUAUAAUCUCAUGGGUUUAUUGGAAAGUACCUGCCCAGAGAUGAGGGAAACAAAUGAAUAUAGAAAUAAUUUCAUAACCUGAUGGAUCAUUUAGUCUAUGAGGAGUGUGAGAUACUUCUCCUAUCAUCAGAUAAGAGAAAUAAAAGAUUUGAGUUAUAUCCCACUACCUGUCUGGUGCUGACUGCUUCCUGAAUUGUUUCCUGAAGAGGAAGAAAAACAACCAUGAUGAUUUUACAGGUGGUACAGAACCAUUAGCUACUGUUCAUACAAAUAUACAUUCUUAUAAGGUAAUACAAAUUAAGUACAAAUUAGAUGCCUUUAAACCUUCAGGCUUAUAGCUCCACUAGUCCUGAACUACCAUCUGGGUUGUAUUUUUACAGUUAUUUCAAGACUUCUACCAUCCUCUCUUGCCUUGGAACAAACUUCAUUGAGAAUCUAAUGCUGCAGUAUUCUUUAACCAUGUGGAAAGAGUUAUUUUAAAUGUUAAUUUAAUUUAAAAAUACAGGAUCUACCUUCUUGUACUAAGCACAGCAACAUUCCUAGUGUUUUGAAUCCCCAUGAUGAUUGUGAGUCACUCAAGGACAAAUUUCUCUGACAGCUCUAUAGAGGGCUAAAAUAUUUCUGGAAGUAGUUCAUUCUGUUGUCAUGACAAUAGGAGAAAGCAAAACAAUAUUCAUAGGGUCAGUGUCCAAAAUUAAUUUGUAGUAAAUAAUGCAAGGAAGAGUUUCAUUAUGGUUCCUUUAUAGCCAAGGUCUCACCCCGCAAUAGUAGUUUAAGAACAACUAAAUACUAACUUUAUGAAACAGCCCAAAGUCUGGACUUUAUUGAGGCACUCUGAUUUCCAGUUGGGUCCCCUUUCUCAGGCAGCCAGUGCUGAAGUGAUUCCAUGGCAUUGUACUAGAUUCACUUGCCAAUUAUAUUGACCCGGAGAGGGGGGAAAAUGGUGUACUGAGAUUAAUUGGCCAAAAUCACUGACCUGGUGCUGAUCUUUCUUCCUAAUCUGUGGCAUUAGUUCCAAACAGAUGGCAUUUAAAAGACUCUCCUGGCUUGCAAGUCGAAUGCAAUUUAACUACCCAGGGAAAUGGGUCUCGAAACCAAUAUGCACUUUGGUAUUCCAGCAAACAGACUGUAAUACAAGCUUUCUUUAGAUCUAGUUAAGAAGAGAGGCACUGAUGCAGUGAUUUAACCUCCAAAGACUAAUUAGCACUCUGACAGGUUAUUAACAGUUCUGGAAACAAAGCUCCCUUAGCCACAAUAUAUAUAACCCAUUAAAAAGAUGGCUUUACUGAAAAGGUUGGGUAUCAUUAUCUCUUGAACCAUUGGAACUAAUGAUGACAAAAGUGUCUAGUAUUAAUGUGCCCAUUCUUUUUCUCUCUCGGUAAAUGAUAUUCUCAGAGCUUUAUUCACAGGCAAAAUGCUCCUGGUAUGCUUUAUUUUUAUUGGACACUCAGUAUGGUAACCAUAAUCAUGAUGAGUGAUAGGGCAUAAGAAUGUGAACAGUGAUGUAUAACAACUGUCAUUACAAUUUCCAUGAGCAAUUCUUCUCUCUAUGACUUUGUUGUGUGAAUCAUGAUAACCCAAAUUGUAAUCUGAUUACAAAGUACAGAGAAUUUAGUUACACAACAUACUGUAUAGCUCUUCUUUGACUAUUCUGCCAGAAACUUUGCAGAUUGUACAGAUGGGAUUUGGAGCAUUGAAAAAUCCACCACUUUCUGAACUUGUUCUGAAUUUAAUGUGAUAAAUUUAAGUGAGUUGACUGUCCUAGAAUUUAUUUGGUCCUCUCCAAAUUCACUUAGGUUUAUAAUGCAUUGUCCUUUAGCCAAUUUUGCAUCUAUGGAUUUCUUGGGCAGAAGACUAAAAUUGUCAAAUAACUGCUAUUAUAUGUGGCAGUUGCAUAAUUACAUAUUCAGAUAACUUGAAUGAGUUAAGAUGCUAUCUGUGCCUUUUAAAAUUAGACAUAGUACUGAGAGUUUCUAUAAAGACCUUCAGUUGGUGGAGUUAAUGAAUAAAGUUAUCACAUGGCUGUUGAUCCAAAUGAAAAACCUAAACAUGCUCUGGUUAUGCAAGCUUAAACCUAAUACUCUUUUUUUAUUUAAACUUUCACAAAACAAAGCAUCUCAGGAUUCAGCCCUGUGGUCUGUGUGCAGAUUUAUUUAAUUUCCUUGAAUUUUGUGAAGAUGAUAAAAGAGGAUUACAUGACUGGUGAUUAAUUUUGAUCCUUUAAACAUGGCUAACCUUACUCCUUUCUGCCCUGAUUUUUUCUU